AUGUUCGUCCCCGAUCCUCACACCUAUCCCACUUCCGACGUCCCCUCUAACAGACCUCUAGAUGGCGGCGCCUGUGUCGCAAUGGUGGGCAAGGACUGCGUAGCGAUCGCGUGCGACCUGCGCCUCGGCCUGCAGGCGCUGACCGUGUCCAACAACUUCCCCAAGAUCUUCCAGUACGGCGACGUGUUCCUCGGCCUGACGGGCCUGGCGACGGACGUGUCGACGGUGUCGGACCUGUUCCGGUACAAGGUCAACAUGUACCGCCUGCGCGAGGAGCGCAACAUCGCCCCCACCACCUUCGCCAACCUCGUCUCCAGCAGCCUGUACGAGAAGCGCUUCGGCCCCUACUUCGUCUCGCCCGUCGUCGCCGGCCUCGAGCCCAAGACCGGCAAGCCCUUCAUCUGCGGCUUCGACUCGAUCGGCUGCAUCGACUUCGCCAAGGACUUCAUCGUCAGCGGCACAGCGACGGAGCAGCUGUUUGGCAUGUGCGAGAGUUUAUGGGAGCCGGAUCUGGGACCUGACGAGCUAUUCGAGACAAUUUCUCAAUCGCUGUUGAAUGCCGUGGAUCGAGAUGCGUUGUCUGGUUGGGGCGCGCAUGUUUACAUCAUCGAGAAGGACAAGGUGACGAAGAGAUUACUGAAGGGACGACAAGAUUAG